AUGGGAUUUUGGGACAUGAAGACAUUGUUCAGUUGUAGCAUAGUCAUGAUGUUUCUCCUCGGAGGUUUAGCAACUUUAAGCUAUUAUCAGAACAACAACAAUCGAACUAGCAGCUUUAAAGUCGUUACCCUUACAACUGCGACGACUACAAUUACAACAGUCUCUAAUCGAGUUUUAGAUCAUUAUAAGAGAAGGUUGAAAACUAGACCACCUUCAUUAAUAAUGAAAACAUGUGACUUGUUCUCUGGCAGAUGGGUUCAUGAUAACAAGAGUCAUUACCCUUUGUAUAAAGAAUAUGAGUGUCCAUAUCUUCAUGGUGAUUUAGCUUGUCAAACUUACGGCAGAAAGGAUUCUAAGUAUCAGCAAUGGAGAUGGCAACCCCAUGGCUGUGAUUUCCCUAGGUUUGAUGGCAAAGCAAUAGUAGAGAGAUUAAGGGGUAAAAGGCUAUUGUUUGUGGGUGAUUCAAUAAAUAGGAACCAAUGGGACUCAAUGAUAUGCAUGCUCCAUUCAUUGAUCCCGGGUAAAAAGAAGGUCAAUAUGCGAGGUCUCAAUGGUACCUUGUACACCUUCAGGGCCGAGGACUACAAUAUCUCCGUCGACUACUAUUGGGCUCCAAUGCUGGUGGAAUCAAAUGGUGAUGAUCCAUCCAACCAUCGUCUUAACCAUCGAACUAUUCGAAUAGAUAACAUUGAGAAACAUGCUAGACAUUGGGUUGAUGCAGAUAUACUGGUCUUCAAUACCUAUCUUUGGUGGAGAUUACCCAUAAUAAAGUUCGUGAAGGGUCCUGGAUCAUUGUUGGGUGGUCCUAAUCAAGUCCAAAAUGAAGUAGAUAAUCUAAGUGCAUAUAAAAUGGUUCUUAAAACAUGGUCUAAAUGGGUACUUUCCCAUAUUGAUUCUGUCAAGACCAGGAUGUUUUUCAUGGGCCUUACUGCAACUCAUUCAAGAGCUACAGAUUGGGGAGGCAAGAAGCAAGCAACAUGUUACAAAGAGAAAGAGCCAGUGAUGAAAGACGGAUUUUGGGAGAGCCGAACAGAUCCAAAGAUGCUAAGAAUAUUGGAUUCUUCAUUAACAGAAUUAAGAGCCAAAGGGGUGAAUUUACAACUAAUAAACAUAACACAGCUAACACAACAGAGAAAAGAUGCACACCCUACUGUUCAUAGAAGAUUAUGGCGUCCCGUAACUGACGAGCAAAAGAAGGGCCCGCAACGUUCUUCUGAUUGCACACAUUGGUGCCUUCCCGGAGUUCCUGAUAUUUGGAAUGAGCUGCUAUUGGCGUACAUUUUUCCAACAACAGAAACUGCUAUCCAGUAA